CUGCCUGUAACGGCAAGUACUAAGUUUAGGCACAGCGCUGAUCCGUGUCAGACAAGUUGUGUCCCGGUCGUAUCGCCUGCUCUGUCCCUCCUUCCAGAAGCUCAUCAGAACCACUCAUCCUCAAUUACCUGCCCCGUUCGCUCAUCGGUGUCCGUCGCCCCUCCGGUGACAUGAACGUCCAGUCGUGUGCCAGGUGUGGGUAUGCAGUGUACCCUGCCGAGAAGAUCAACUGCAUCGGCCAGAAUUGGCACAAGUCUUGCUUUCACUGUGAAGUAUGCAAGAUGGUCCUCACUGCCAACAACUGUGUCAGCCACCAAAAGAAACCCUACUGCCAAACGCAUAACCCCAAGAACAACACGUUCACCAGCGUCUACGAGACCCCUGUCAACAUCAACGCCAAAAAGCAAAGUGAAGCCGUGAGUGAGAUUAAGUACCGGGAGGAUGGUGAGCGGUAUAUGUCUACCUUCCACUAUGACAUGAGGUCGAAGGAAGUAGAGCAUGCCCGCAAAGUCAACCAGCUCGCUAGCCAGAAGGCCUAUAAGGCUGAGUAUGAAGAGCAGAAGACCUGGUUCUCUGAGACCAACCAGGAAUAUGUGCGUGUCACUCAAGACCAGAGGACAAUAAGUGAUGUAAGUGUUUUUGAGCUCUUCACCCAGUGCUCAAGAGACGUAACACACCUAAACUGUGAACUAUGUCGACAGCUGAAGCAGACUGAGGAGUACGAGCAGAGCACAGGGAAGGGCAGCUAUCCUGUCAUGAUCACCCCGGCCUACCAGCAUGCAAAGCAGGCCUCUAGCCUGGCCAGCAAUCUGGAGUAUAAGCGUGGACAUGAAGAGCGAAUCUCAAAGUUCACAACGGUGGCUGACACUCCUGAGAUGCUGCUGGCCAAGUCCGGGGGAAAGCUGGCGAGUGAUUACAACUACACGGAGGAGUAUUCACAGCAGAAAGGAAAAGGCAGCUUCCCAGCUCACUGCACGCCUGGGUACCAAGCUGCCAAGAAAGCUGGAGAGAUGGCCAGUGAUGUGAAGUACCACGAGAAGUAUGAGAGGGAGCUGAAGGGCAAGGGGAGCGCUGAGGCUGGGACGAUGGAAUUUGCACUCGCUCGGGAAAACGCAGAGAAUUUCAGCCAGCACACCUACACCGAGGAAUACGAGCAGCACAAAGGAAAAGGAAGCUUUCCUGCCAUGAUCACGCCGGCCUACCAGCUGGCUAAGAAGGCCCACGAUCUGGCGAGCGAUCUGAAGUACAAGCAGGACCUCUCGAAGAUGAAAGGCCAGGCUCACUACCACACAAUGACCACUGAGGACAACCUAGCUCUCAAGACUGUGCGUAAGAUCAACAAGCUGGUCAGUGAGGUUGAGUAUAAGAAGGAUCUGGAGAGCACCAAAGGGCACAGCAUCAACUACUGUGAGACGCCGCAAUUCAAGAACACAUCUAAGAUGUCCAAAUUCACCAGUGAUGUCAGGUAUAAAGAGAAGUACGCGAAGCACAUAAAGGGGCAGUACGAGGGCUCCGGUCUGGACAGGAAGACCGCGCACGCCAUGAAAGCACGAAAGCUGGCCAGCAACAUCGCCUAUAAGUCAGACUAUGAACAGGAGAAGGCUGAGCAGACAGAGUACAACUACCCGGCCACCAAUACCCCAUCCUACUAUACACAGAAGAAACUGGAGCCGCUGAAGGAUGUGAACUACAGACAGCACAUCGACAAGCUGAGGUACAGUUCAGUGACAGACACCCCAGAUAUCGUGCAGGCCAGAAUCAACUCUCAGCAGCUCAGUGACCUGAAUUACCGGGCCAAUUACGAGAAGACUAAGACUCAGUACACUCUGCCUGAAGACCUCCCCCAGAUCAGAACAGCUAAGGCUAAUGCUGAGUUGUACAGCAAUAUAAAAUAUAAGCAGGACUGGGAGAAGACAAAAUCCAAGGCAUGUGACAUGAGUGCGGAUACACUGCCUAUCAAGGCCGCAAAAAUAUCCCGAGAUCUGGCCAGUGAUAUAAAGUACAAAGAAUCAUUCAUGAAAACCAAGGAUAAGGCUGUUGGUGUCAACGUGAGUGACUCCAAGACACUGCAUUCUCUCCACGUGGCCAAGAUGAACAGUGAGGUGGCCUACAAGAAACGCUUUAAGGAGAACCAGGGCCAGUAUCACCUCUCCCUGGACAUGAUGCAGCUCAGCCAGGCCAAGAAGGCCCAGGCGUUGGCCAGUGACCUGGACUACCGGAAGAGGCUCCACGAGUACACAGUGCUGCCGGACGACAUGAAGGUGCAGCAGGCUAAGAAGGCCUACGAGCUACAGAGUGAGAACCAGUACCGUUCUGAUCUAAACUGGAUGAAAGGGGUAGGCUGGGAGGCAGAUGGGUGCUUGGAUGUCAAACAGGCCAAGAAGGCCGGAGACCUACUGAGCGAGAAAAAGUAUCGUCAGAGGGUGGACCAAGUGAAGUUCACCCAGGUGGCUGAUACCCCCUCCAUCAAACACGCGAAGAAGAGUCAGGAGCUUCAGAGUGGGCUGACGUACAGGGCUGGCACAGAGCAGGUGUUACACCAGUACACCAUGAGCAAAGAGGAGCCACUGUUCCUGCAGGCCAAGGCCAACGCUGACCUGCUGAGUGCGAAAGUGUACAGAAGCAGCUGGGAGCAGCAAAGGGACAAGGGAUUCGAGCUGCGCAUGGACGCACUGUCCAUCCUGACCGCCAAAGCCAAGCGUGACCUCGCCAGUGAUGUAAAGUACAAGGAGCAGUACGAGAAGACAAAGGGCAAGAUGGUGGGAGUGAAGGGAGUGUCUGAGGACUCCCAACUAGCUCACGCUACCUGGGCGUCGCGGCUGCAGAGUGACCGUGACUACCGGCAAAGAUACAAGGACUCCAAGACCUUAUGUAGCGUCUCGCUGGACAUGAUGGCCCUGAGUCACGCCCGCAAGGCCCAGGACCUGGCCACGGACACAAGCUACCGCAGUGUGCUGCACCAGUACACCAGCCUUCCCACCGACAUGGCAGUGACCUGGGCCAGGAAGGCCUACAACCUGCAGAGUGACAAACUGUACCGGUCAGACCUGAACUGGAUGAAAGGUGUUGGCUGGGCAACUGGAGGGUCGCUCGACGUAGAUCAGGCGAGGAAAGCCACGGACAUGGCCAGUGAGAAAAAAUACCGGCAGCAGGUCAGCGCCCUGAAGUUCACCAGCGUGGAGGAUUCGCCAGAGAUGGUCCAGGCCAAGAUCAGCAACAAGCAGGCCAUAGAUAGACUGUAUCGGGAGAAGGGGGAGAAUAUUAAGCACCACUAUACCCUGACCAGUGAGCUGCCUGAACACAUGCAGGCCAAACUCAACGCCAUGAACCUCAGUGAGACACGCUAUAAAGAGUCGUGGACCAAGCUCAGGGACACUGGAUAUAAACUGCGAUUGGAUGCUAUACCUUUCCAAGCAGCAAAAGCAUCCACAGACAUCCUCAAUGACCAUAAGUACAAAGAGGAGUUUGAGAAGAGCAAGGGCCACAUGAUCGGCCUGAAGGGGGUGCAGGACGACAUCAACAUGAGUCAUGUCGUUCGGUCUGGAGAACUGCAGAGCGACCUCAAGUACAAGAAGAAGUCUGCAAAGAUGCUCUCCCAGUUCCACCAGUCCAUGGACAUGCUGGAGGUGAUCCAUGCCAAAAAGGCUCAGUCUCUGAUCAGUGAUAAGGAGUACCGGCUGACCCUGCACAGCUACACCACCCUGCCCGAUGAUCUGAAGCUGCAGGCUGCAAAGAGGGCUUCUAUCCUGCAGAGCGAGAAACACUACAGAUCUGACCUGAACUUCCUGCGUGGGGCAGCCUGGAUCAGCACCGGUGCCGUGCAGAUCGAGGGGUCCAAACGUGCCUCUGACCUCAUCAGCGAGAGGAAGUACCGGCAGCAGCCGUUCCACUUCAAGCACACCUCUGUCGCUGACUCGCCAGACAUCGUCCACGCGAAGUUCAGCAACCAGAUCAGCAAUGAGCGGCUGUACAGGGAGGCUGCUGGGAGCUCCAGGCACAGCUACACCCUCACAGCGGAGCGGCCAGAGAUCAUGCAGGCCAAGAUCAAUGCGGCCAACUUCAGUGAGAUUAAAUACAGGGAGUCCUGGAGGAGCCUGAGAGCCCAGGGCUACAAGCUGACCAUGCAGGACAUCCCAUUCCAGGCAGCCAAGGCCUCGACGGGCAUCGCUAGUGAUUACCAGUACAAGCACAACUUCCUGCUGGAGAAAGGGAAGCACAUCGGCGCCCGCAGCAUCCUGGACGACCCGCAGCUCCUGCACUGCCUGCAGAUGGCCAAGCUGCAGAGUGAGCAGGAGUACCGGCGGCAGUCCCGCUCUGCCAGCGCAGGCUACCAUCUCUCACUGGACAUGAUGCAGCUCAGCCAGGCCAAGAAGGCCCAGGCAUUGGCCAGUGACCUGGACUACCGGAAGAGGCUCCACGAGUACACAGUGCUGCCGGACGACAUGAAGGUGCAGCAGGCUAAGAAGGCCUACGAGCUACAGAGUGAGAAACUUUACAGGUCAGAUCUGAACUUCAUGAAGGGUGUAGCCUGGGUGGCUUUGGGAACACCACAACUGGAAUCAGCCAAGAAGGCAGGGGAGCUCGCCAGUGAGAAAAAAUACCGACAACUUCCAGACAGCCUGAGAUUCACAUCUGUUGCUGAUUCUCCCGAUAUUGUCCAUGCAAAGAACAGUUACCUACAGUGCAGUGAGCGGCUGUACCGGGCAGGAGAUUCAGAUGCCCUACAUAGAUACACAUUACCUGUCGACCACCCGGACUUCAUCAGGGCACGGAUGAACGCCCAGCAUGUCAGCGAGAAAGCCUACAGGAUGUCUGGGGAGCAGGUGCGCUCAGGCGGCUAUGACCUGAGGCUGGAUGCCAUUCCCUUCCAGACCGCGAAAGCAUCCAGAGAGAUCGCAAGUGACUUCCGCUACAAGGAGGCGUUCGUAAAGGAGAAGGGCCACCAGGUGGGGGCCCUCUGCGCUGAGGACGACCCCCGCAUCAGGCACUCACUGACCGUCAGCAAACUCCAAAGCAGCCACCAGUACAAGAAGCAGUCGCAGGAGAGCCGCUCGCAGUACCGGCUGCACGCCGACCAGCCCGAGUUCCUGCAUGCACGGCGCAGCCAGGCACAGGCCAGCAACCGCGGUUACCGGCAGCAGCUGCACAGCUACACCUGCGACCCCGAGCAGCUGGCCCUGAAGCACGCCAAGCGGGCCUAUGGCCUGCAGAGUGACCUGAACUAUAAAUCAGACCUGAACUGGAUUCGAGGUGUUGGCUGGACCCCCCCCGGCUCCCACAAGGUGGAGAUGGCCCGGCGGGCUGCCGAGCUGGGAUUGGCUGAGGGGCUGGACCCUGAACAGGCCAUAGCCCAGUACCAGCAGAUGAUGCAGCAACAGAUGGCAGUGGUGGAGAACACAGAGGAGCUCCAGCAACCGGCCAUAAACCCCGAUGCCAUGGAGGUCCUUCACGUGAAGAGGAUGAAGACCAUCCAUAUGGUGAAAAAGACCCCCAAGUAGAUCACCCCCCACUCACAGCCAUCCUUGCUUUUGUAACAUCGCCAUUUGUAUCCCCGAGUGUUUACAGUGAGCCCUGUUCGGGAAUUAUCAGUGUGUCUAAGAUAUUUUAGCUCCCAAGGAAAGGAUUGGGACUGAGGGCUUGCAGGAUGUGGUCAGAGCUGAUUGUCAUGGCUGGUAUGAGGGCUGGGAAGCAGGAUGAAGGGGGAGGUUUUAGGGCUGGUUAGUGGUCAGCUGGUGGAUGUCUGUGUGUGAGAUCCAUCUGCGGCUUCCAGCACUUCAUUGCGGAACAGGCUCCUCUGUCAGGUGUGUGCUGUAUCCUCACCGGGAUCCGCUUUAGGUUUCUGCUAAUAAAGUCUUUUGCAGCAAAA